AUGAAAGUUACAUGGAAUGUGCGUGGCCUAGGCAAGAGGAUAAAGAGAAAAGUGCUUAGGAAAAUGUUACUCUCAGUAGAUCCCAUAUUGGCAUUUAUACAGGAGUCAAAGUUGGAAAAUGUCACACCAAAAUUACAAAAUUCAUUCUGGAGUGACAAUGAUCUUAAUAUCAUUGCCAGCCCCUCAAAUGGAUCUUCAGGAGGUCUGAUUUCCCUUUGGAGGCCAUCAAAAUUUCAACUUACAGCAAGUAGAAUCGAGACACAAUGGAUAGGAAUUGAAGGAAUUAUGGUGAGGGAGGACUUUCAAUGCCUUCUUAUAAACAUCUACAAUUCUUGUGAUCCACUGAUAAGAUCAAACACCUGGAGUGCGAUAGAGGAAUUUUGUAACACAUCGCAUCUCCCUAUCCUGAUAGCGGGAGAUUUCAACGAGGUCCUAAUAGCAAAAGACCGAGGCAGCAUGGUGAUUGACGAAUCAAGCUCAGCGAAAUUCAGAGAAUUUAUGAGCAAUCUUCAUCUCACAGAGAUUUCCCCUUCUAAUGGGUAUUUCACAUGGUUUAGAGGCAAAUCUAAAUCAAAAUUGAUCGAAUACUUGUUCAACCAGAAUGGAUUUUAA